GAUUGGUCGGAGCUGAUGUUCUCAGGAGGAAGCGCUUUCACAGUGUAGAGUUUAUAUCCGGAACGGGGUUCAGUUCGGAACCGGCUUGCAAAAACAUUUAAAGUUAGGAUUCUGACGCUGCAAGAUCAGAGAGGAGAGGAUGGAACUGUGGCCUUUGCUUUUGUGCGUCGGUCUUUGUGUAGUUCACAUCUACAGUAAACCAAUGGAGAAGAAGGACCGUGUCCAUCACGAUGCUCCACUCAGUGACAAGGAGCAUGAUGAUGAUGAUAGUUUUGACUAUGACCAUGAUGCCUUCCUUGGCCAGGAGGAGGCAAAGACUUUCGACCAGUUAACUCCAGAGGAGAGCAAGGAGAGACUAGGUAUAAUUGUCGAUAAGAUAGAUGAGGAUGAUAAUGGCUAUGUUACUGUCGAUGAGUUGAAGAAAUGGAUCAAACAUGCUCAGAAGCGCUGGAUCUAUGAAGAUGUAGACCGGCAGUGGCAGUCUCAUGACCUCAAUGGAGAUUCAUUUGUUUCCUGGGAAGAGUACAAGAACGCUACAUAUGGCUACAUUCUCGAUGAGUCAGACCCUGAGGAUGGUUUUAACUACAGACAGAUGAUGUCGAGAGAUGAGCGGCGCUUUAAAAGGGCUGAUAAAAAUGCUGACCUGCGGGCAGAUAAAGAGGAGUUCACAGCCUUCCUACACCCUGAAGAGUAUGACUACAUGAAGGAUAUUGUAGUGUUGGAGACAAUGGAGGACAUUGAUAAAAAUGGAGAUGGUUUCAUUGAUUUAGAAGAGUACAUUGGUGAUAUGUACAGUCAGAAUGGUGACCCAACAGAGCCAGAGUGGGUGCGGACAGAGAGAGAGCAGUUCACAGAGUUCAGAGACAAGAAUAAGGAUGGGCGUAUGGAUAAGGAGGAGACGAAGGACUGGAUUCUUCCCUCAGAUUACGACCAUGCAGAAGCAGAGGCCAAACACUUGCUCUACGAAUCUGAUGCAGACAAGGACGGACAGCUCACGAAACAGGAGAUUGUGAAUAAAUAUGACUUAUUUGUUGGGAGCCAAGCAACAGAUUUUGGAGAGGCUCUAGUAAGACAUGAUGAGUUUUAAUCUCCAAAUGAUUGCGUGUGACAAUGUGAAAUGGACACUAAUUUAUUUCACAAUUUUCCUUGUGUAAAAUCCCAAUUGUGUAAACUUCCACAACCAAGAAUUGUCAUUUUUCUACUUUUGUAAAAGAAAAUGAUCAAAUAUUGUUUAGUUAGCUUUUAUGUCAGACAUUUUUAGUGUAUUCAUAGAAGGUAGAUUUUGAAGGUAGACAGCUGAUUUUGUAUCCAGAUGCACUGAACAUUAAGAAUUCAUAUCUCGUUAUGCACAAUAUAAAAUCUAUGGAGUGUUGAGGUUUGUACAAUUUUAGGAAGGAUUAUAAUAAUGUUGUUUACCCUUGUAAUCAAACUUUAUGGCAUGUUUAGUGUCUGAUAUAGGACUUGGAUUGUCGCUGUAGGUUACUGAAAGUCAAAAGUCAAAGUUCAUUUGAAACUACAGUAAGCUGUUGCAAUGGUGCAUAUUAUUAUUUAAACAACACUCCUGAAAUAGUUUUUGUUUGCAACAUAUGGACCAUUUACAACCACUACAUACAUUUUAAGCUAAUUAAAAUUUAAUGCAUUAAGUUUUUGUUAAGAAUGUCAACGUAUUAUAAUGAGGCAGUGCUGCCUUCAUCAAUAAUUCUGGUCUUCACACUUCACUUUAUUUGAAAGUGUUAAGUCUCCUUCUGUCUCUUUUCUUAAGUGCCUUUUCUUCUCUCCUCACCAUUUCAGUCGUUACUGUAUGUGUUUAUAUCACUCUGAUUCAUUUUGCAUACUAUUACAUAAUGAAGUAAAGCUGGCUUCUCUCUACUUUUCAAAACACUGUACAUAUGUUUAAAGUCAUAAUGUAAAUUGUAUUCAGAACAUUGAGUGUAAAUACAGUACAGGCUGUGCAAAUGAGAGUCUUUUCACAAUAAAAUCUGUCCAAAAGAAA